GUAUUAGUCUGUGUCCACUUUUGAAGCUCAGCAGUCACACUUGUUCCCGUUUCUUGCUUUGUUCCCAUCACCUCUCCUAUGCUUAUAUAAGCUCGCUUCCUCCUCACCCGAACUAGCAAUUGAAUUUCAAACUUAAUACAGAAUCCUAGCAAUGGCCUCGAGUACUGUUAUAGCUAUUAAUGUAGAUAGAGAAAGGGUUGCACUUGCUCCUCCCGACAGCAGCAAAUCACAAAAGAAGAAACUUGAUAGAUUUUAUUGUCAAACCAUAGUUUCGAUUCUUAACCAAAAACCAACGAAUGGGCAUGACAUGAGAAAAGUGAUUCACAGUGUCAAGGUUGGUGUAGCUCUCGUUUUAGUUUCUCUUCUCUACCUGCUCGGUCCUUUGUAUAAACGAGUCGGAGAAAACGCCAUGUGGGCCAUAAUGACCGUCGUGGUCAUCUUUGAGUUCUUUGCAGGGGCUACACUGAGCAAGGGCUUGAAUCGUGGGAUUGGGACAGUACUAGGAGGCGGACUGGGAUGUUUAGGUGCAGCUUUUGCGCAAGCCGUGGGUGGUGUUGGCAAAGCGAUAGUUGUGGCCAUUGCCGUCUUCAUUUUUGGUGCUGGCGCAACAUACACUCGACAAAUCCCGAACAUUAAAAAGAAAUAUGAUUACGGAGCUCUAAUAUUUAUAUUGACGUUCAAUCUGGUUGUGGUGUCGGGUUUACGUGCUGACCAAGUCUUGGAAUUGGCCCGAGACCGUCUCGCAACCAUUGUCAUGGGAUUCGCUAUCUGCAUUUUUAUUAGUUUGCUGGUCUUCCCCAUCUGGGCUGGUGAUGAGCUUCAUCACUCUUUAAUCUCCCGAUUUGAAGACCUCGCUCUCUCUUUGGAAGGGUUCUCUAAGGAAUAUUUUGAAAAUGACAACCACAGAGAGAAGAAGUCGAGUGCUAAUUUUAGUAGUAAAUGCAAAUCAAUCCUACACUCCAAGGCAAAGGAUGAAUCAUUGGUAAACUUUGCAAGAUGGGAACCAUGGCAUGGGAAAUUUGGGUUUUCUUACCCUUGGGGAAAAUACCUAAAAAUAGGAGAGGAUCUAAGAGAUUUGGCUAUAAUCAUCCUUUCACUUAAAGGUUGUCAUGAUCAGUCAUCAGAAAUACUUGAAGAAUCAGUUAAAGAAGCAUGUGAAGGAAUCAUAGCAUCACUUGCAUGGACCAUAAAGGAACUUGGAGAAAGCAUAAAAGAGAUGAGUAAAUGUCGAUACGAAGAAAUGAUUGUGCCUAAAAUGAAACCAGUAAGGAUAGAGGUAAGUGCCAUUGUGAACCCUUUUGCACUUGAGACCUGUUUAGAGAAUAGUGAUGGGCUCGGAUUUGCAAGCUUUGUACAUUCAUUGAUGAAGAUGGUAGAAAAGUUGGAAGAAUUGGCAAAAGAAGUGGAAGAACUUGGACAACUUGGAGGUUUUCAUGAAAACAGUUGA